AUGGCCAUUUAUGCUAACGUUAUUAGCCCUCUGGUCGCUGUCGCUCCUGUACCUGCUGCACAUCGCCGUCGUCCGCCUCGACGUCCUGAGGAUACGCUCCCACCUGAGAUCACCCGCAAGCCACCGCAUCGCCGCGCAGUCCCUCCUCGCCGCCGCAAGAGUCAAGGCACUCGGCAACGUCAAGUACUUCUCACCAUGAUCGUGCCUUCACGUGUGAUCUGUGUAUCACCUACUCACCCACUCACCCACUCACCUGAUCACCCACUCAACCACUCACUCACUCACCCACUCAACCAACUAAUCACUCAACCACAUACUCACUCACUCAACCACUCAACCACUCACCCUCUCACCCACUCACCCACUCAACCACCCACUCAACCACCUAACUCACCUAAUCACUCACUCAACCACCUCCUCUUUCACUGGUCGCUUCGCUCCCUCCUCCAUCACCUCCUCCGUCGGCGUCCUUCACCCCAAUCCUCGUUUUCCGCCUUCUCCCCCCAACCCCCAAAACCGCCUUACCUCAACCCGUCUUCCCCCUUCGAUGCCAGACUAGGAGCCUUGGAUGAUAUUGAUGCCCGCCGUAUCUCUCUUGGUCAGCUUGCUGGACAGUUUUCGGGAUUUAUUGGCGGUGGAGAGGAAGUUAAAGAUGCAAUUUUGAAUGGUUUGCACAGUAAUGUAAAUCAGCUUAUUAAGCGUUUACAAGCAUCUUGCGGAGAUAAGGGGUGUUGUAAGGUUGAUGAGGCAAUUAAAAAGCUUAAUAACGCCAAUGAGACACUUAAAAAACACCUUAAUGAGGAACCAAAAGCCUCUAAAAAUCUUACUGAAAUUCUUGCUAAGUGCAAUUUAAAUGGCCCUGAUGGUCCCUUAAAUGAGCUUAAUACGUCAAUUACUCAAAAAAUUCAGGAGCUUGAAAAAGACAUUGCAACGCUUAAAAAAGAGCAGCAAAGUGGCGAUUAUAAAAGUAAAAAUGCCUCUGAACUUGACAAGCUUUCUAAAUCUCUUAUCUCUCAUAAUGCUUCCAAGAGGUCUCUUGAGACACUGAAAGAGCUUUGUGGAAAUGCUGGGAAAAUUGAUCAAAAAUCUGAUAACACUAAAAACCUUUUAAAUAACCUCUGCACAGGCCUCGAAAAAUUUCUCGGCUACAGUAAUGGUAAUUACACCGGAGAGGGUAUCGUGUACUCGGACCUUGACAGGCUCUGCGACGGGGUGAUGUCCUUUCUUCAUGGAGUUCUGGAGAGUGUGAGGGAUGAUGAUAACGUUACAAAAUAUAAUACUACACAAAAUGACAUUAAUAAUGUUCUCUCCACUUUAACUUCUUCAAUUGGUACCGGGCGUAAUGGCCUUUCGGAGUCUGUCACCAAGGUGAGGGAGUGGUUGAAGAAAUAUAAUGAUGAAGUUGAAAAGAAGACAAGAGGAGUGACUGGAGGAUUAUCUACACUUAUAGGUGGAAAUGAGUAUUACAAGGAAGUGGAGAAGCAAGAGAACUCUGGGCUCGGCACUCAACUAAUGGGUUGGACGUCGACCGUGCAGAAGAUUAAAUUUGAACUUAAUGACAUAGAAACACGUAAUAUUAAGACACUAGAUCCUACACUUAGCGCACAACUAACGCACAAAGUAGAUCCGAUAACUAAGGUUGUCGAGCACCUGGAAAGGGUGGCUGGGAACAGUGACUUUGCCGAUAAGGUGACGGCGGUGGACGAUCAAUUCACCCAGCAAGAAAAACAUGUGAGAGGGCAAAUUGACAAGAAAUGUUCAGGCCUUCAGGCACAACUGAGCACUCAAUUUCAUAAUAUCAACCGUAAUAUUGUGGCCAUUGCGGAGAAAAGGACUGAACACUUGGACCCAUUGUUGAAACUUGUCAGUGAUCUAAAGCAGACUGUGACAGCUGCUGGCGGAGCGGCCGAUCAGUUGGUUAGUGAUUAUGAGAGUCAGAUUGUCAAUGGGUUGAAUAACAUAAACGAGAAAACAACAUUACUUGGCACCAAAGAUAUUACUACUCAGCUCCAGGAUGUCGUUGGUCGAAUAACUCCGCAGUUAACUAACCUUAGUCAGCAUUUGGGGACGCUUAGGAACAGUCAUAUAGAGGUUCAGCAAACGGUGGGCAGCGGGUUGCAAGAGAUAAUUCGUGAGUUGAAUCAGCAGAUUGGAGCACUUAAGGGCCAGUUAAAUGAGAAGUUUAAUAAGUAUGUGAAAGCCUAUGUUACGCAGGUUCAGGGAGAAGUGAAGCGUAUUAAGAAGGAAAUGACGAUGGUGAAUCCGAAUGGCUCAAAUUCCGAACUUCACCAGCAAGCCACUUCAGUCCAGCAGAACAUUCGAGACCUGGAUGGCGAACUUGAUAAGGGCGCCAAUGCAAUUGGCACUGCAAUUAAUUUAGCCGCAAAUGGAAUUAAUAACGCACUGGGCAGUUUGGAUGGGAAAGUAAGAAGUGGAUUAUGGAGUGUGAGAGAAGAACGAAUUAAUGAACAAGUUGAAGUGGUGAAAGGCCCUGGGAAGGAAGCUAAGAGCACAGGUAUCGAAGGAAUUAAGAAGCGAAUGAAGGAAUACGCGGACGCUAUUUUCACAAAUAUGGGUACGACGGAGAGUGGGAUGAUGGAUGAGUGGAUUGUUAAGAUUUUAACCAAUAAUGGUUUGGUAAUAAAGAAGCUUGAGGACUACGUUAAUUUUAACAAAGAUCGCAGCAAGGCCACGAAGAAUCAUUUCAAAGGCAGUAUCAACGGAGCAAAUGAUUUGCAUGAUAAUAUUAAGCCUGCAAUUAUGAAUGCGCUUAAGGAUCAAGUAUAUGCGACGGUUAAAGGAACCUAUGAUGUACAACCCACCGGUGAUGUUGCAGGGGAUUUACGAAAAUUGCAGAAUUUUUUGGAGGCAUAUGCCCAGAGACUAGACACAAAACUGAAGACCCCUGGCACAGAAUCGUAUAUCUCGAAGAUAGUCGAGGAUAUUCUGAAAACAAUUCAAACAGCGGUGGUGGAGGGUUAUGGCUCCAACCCCAAACCCACAGGAUAUGCUGGUUAUAAUCUCCGAGUCGCAGUUGAAGCAAUCCUAGCUGCCAUAUCGGCCAUUGCCCGGCAAGCAGCUAGCGAUGUUGUAUCGUUCAUCAAUACGGAUGGUACGUUGAACAUCAGCAUUGCGGCAAACGUUAGGAAUGCCUUUCAAAUUGCGGAAGAGUUAUCUGCAAAUCUUAAAAAGGUUGUCGGCUCCGAAGGUGAACCCUUCACCCGUGCUGCUCUCGCCGUCAGCGCUGUGCCUCUCACCACUAAUAUUGAGAAGACGAUUAAUAAGAUACUGGGUGAAAAUAUUGGGGAGAAUCAAGGUAGAAUAGAUAUUAGUAAAACUGGUAUAAUGCGAGAAUAUUUUGCCUAUACGAAAACAAACGGCGACCAAAAUGACUCACUUAAAGCCAGAAUUGACGCCAUUACAGCACGGCUUAAGACGUAUUUCAACGAUGGCCAAAUCAAACCCACUGGUAACAAAUUCAACCUUUCCAACACCGUGCAUUUCGGCAAAUAUAGUGAAAAUAAAUCGCAGGCCUCCAAUGGCAUCAAGUCCGUCAUUUCAAAAAUCGAGGACCUUCAGGAAGUGUAUCCCAAAGUUUCGAAGCUUGAGACUGAGCUUGGACAGGCGCUUGCGCCCUCGGAUCCUGGUCUGUCCUCCACCCUCGGCCCAGAUGUUACCGUUACCGACAGUGUUGCUGCUAGGGUGAAGGCAGGAGUCGACGCAGUAGACUUCACCAACCCACUCGAACCUCUACUCACCGAAGCAGCCGGGAAAGGUAUAGAGCUGUUAAAUGAAGAAGUGAAUAGAAUUAUUUCCAGCCACGUUGAUAACAUUGGACCUACGAUAGGAGAGCAGAUUGAUAGGCUGCAGAAACCCAAAGGCGCUGGCCAGUCGAACAAUGUUCAACAUUUCAUUGACGAGCUUCAAGAGAAGAUCGAUAAGCUCAAGCCUCUAGUUAGCGGGAUUGAUAAAUCUGCCGAAGGUUACAUGAAAGAUGAGGUCGGGUCCCUGAAAGACAAAGUUGCAGAUCUUAAAAGGCGCAUUGAGGAAAUUGAUAAGGCUAUUAAGGAAUUUGAUGAAGCUCUCCGCGGCGCAAUAACCGACGCCACGUUGGCCGUUAACACGGCACGCCAGACUUUGACUGACGGUAUUUCCGACUUACAAGAACAACUCACCAGUGAAGUCAAAACAGCCUUCAUAUCUGUCCACACCAAGGUAAAACAAAUGUUCUGCAAACAACAUCAAGAGGACUUAAAUGCCUUACACAGUUUAGUUGGCGCAAGAAGGGAAAUAAAGAAGAUUAUUGAAGCUGAUAAGAAGAAUGGUCUUAAAGGUAUGCUUAACAAGUUGAAUACGCAUUUGAUGGAACAAAUUAAAGAACUUAAGCAUAUUCCGCGUUACACUUCCAGCAUCGAUCCUGCAAUGCAUUCUUCACUGAGCAAACUUGUCCUAAGGGUCAAGAUAGGCUUCAAAGAUUUUUUCAAAUGUUCAGUGAACAAAGCGAUGUAA